AUGGUCGGUCUUGAUCUCAUACGCAAAGCCAACAGUAGCUCAGGCUCCAGGCUACUCAAUCCUGUGGCUCUCUUCGUAGGAGGGACCAGUGGCAUAGGUCGAAGCACAUUACGCCAACUGGCUCUCAACACCAAUGCUCCAACAGCCUAUAUUGUCGGUCGCAGCGAGGAUAGCGCGAAAGCAGUCCUCAAGGAGCUACGCCAGAUCAACCCACUCGGCUCAUUCAACUUCAUCAAGGCCGACGUUUCGCUCAUCAGCAAUGUCGACAAGGCUUGCGAGAGCAUCAUGCAGCGGGAGAAAGCGUUGGACCUGCUAUUCAUGACCCCAGGUGGACUGUCACUGGUCGGACGUCGAGAGACGAGCGAAGGCAUCGACAAGUUGUUCGCCCUGCGUUACUAUGCUCGUAUGCGUUUUGCUCAGAACUUGCUUCCGUUACUGGAAGCUGCAGAGCAUCAGCCUGGGCGUGUCGUCAGUGUCUUGGGUGGUGGCUACGAGGGCAACAUUUAUGCCGACGAUCUCGACUUGAAGCACAACUACAACAUCAUCAGCUGUGCCAUGCAUUCUGUCACGAUGACAUCGCUGGCCAUGGAACACUUAGCCACCUUACAUCGCGCUUCUUUUGUGCAUGUCUACCCUGGCAUAGUCGGUACGAAUAUCUACACCAAUAGCUUCGCUUCGCCAUUAGCCGCAGUGUACAACUAUGGCGUGUGGCCUCUGAUGUACCCGUUCUCGGUCAAUCUCAACGAGAGCGGCCAACGUCAUCUCUUCCAUGCGACAUCUGAACACUAUCCUGCCAACACACUCCACAAUCAGGAGGCUCCAGCCACUCAAGCUGGAACGGUAGCAGCCAUAGGCUCUGAUGGAGUGCUUGGCAGUGGCGCGUAUCUGAUGAACUGGAAAGGUGAAACGUUUGCAGGAGGCAAGAAGAUGCAGAAAUUGAGGAAACAAGGCAUGGCUCAAAAAGUAUGGGAGCACACUAUUGACCUUCUCGGCCGCACUGUGAGGUAG